AUGGACACAGACACAGGCAUGCACCAAAACCAACACAACAACCAACAGUUCAAAAUCCAGCACAACAACAACAACAACCAACACAACAACCAACAGUUCAAAAUCCAGCACAACAACAACAACCAGCACAACAACCACCUCCACAACCAGCACAGCAACCAACAGUUCAAAACCCUGCACAACAACAACCACAAACAGAGCAAGGACAUAAAAGAAGUAGAGAACAAGGAAACCAAGAAUUCUUAA